AAAUUAUCAUUCUCUUUUCCGGCAGUCACGAAGUAGGAAGCAUUCUUGUCGUUCGCGUCGAAAAACUGUGAAUUAGCGAAGAAAAUCGUGCAAAUUUCCACCGAAAACCGUUCCUGCGCGAGUGCAAUCGGAUCGCGAGUGUGGAAUGAACGUAUUAAAUCCCAAGCCAGCGUCAAAUUCGCUAGAUAGCUGAGAUGAUUAAAAAAUGAAUGAAGGUGAUUCAGCGGGAGGGCAAAGAGGUCGAAACCUAGCCCUUCCUGCUGGGACAGACCGCAUAAUAUCAAGCAUCAAUAGUUCAGGCCAUUUGCCCGUAGGGCCUGUGGUUGCCGCAUCACCAAUGUCCCGUUCGCCUGCCGACGAAAGACAGCAUAACUUUCAGCAGCUCCAACAGCAAAUGCAGAGUACUUCUCCUGCGACAGGACAUUUGAACAAGCCACUUCAUCAGCAAUUCACCGCAAAUAAUACGGUUAGUUUGAUCCCGGCCGGCACAGUCGGUGCUGGUGGGGCUGUGAACUACAAACAGCAGCAGCAGCAACAAUUCGUAGUGACAUCCGCGAACAGUGCUAGUAAUAGUAACGUUUUACUUGGUGGUGUGAGCAAUAUAGGCAAUGAAUCAAACAAUUCCGUCGUUAUCGGUGCCCAACAACAAUCGGUCGGUAGUGGAGUGAGAACACAGCAAAGCAUUGCAAACAUUAUCGGAAGUGGAAGUAACAAUAACUCGAGUGCAAGUGGAAUCAUAAUAGCCAAUCAAGUCAGUGGAAGCAGUGUAAAUUCUGGCACUGCCAAUACGUACAUUCAUCAAGCGUUAGGUGGCGUUGUAGUGACAGGAACAGCAGCAGUAGCAAGUGCGGGCCUUACAGUAGGCCCUGUCGGGUCUUCGGUUCCCGUUUCGCCUACGGCCCGGAAGCGCCUCAAAUUAGAACAAAGUCCUAUUGUUGACGUGGAACAUGACAUUGCCACACUCAAGAAACUGAUUCUGGAGCACAAAUAUAUGAGAUUACGGAGCAUUAAAGAAAAGUACUCUGAACAUGUAGCGGAACUGUUUUUUAUUCAGUCCGGUGGUACUAUGAUGGAUUAUCCUGUAUGGAGAAAGAAGCCACAUACGCCCGCGUUUUUAAACUUUAUGAGAACGUAUAAGCUAGAACCGCUAUCAUCCAAUCUGGAAGAAGCAGGAGAAAUACUUAAACAGCAAUCGAGUCGAUCGCUAUCGUCAUCGCUGUCAUCGGCAGCAAGCAGCUCUUCGAGUUUACCACAAGGCGCAGAAAUUAAAAUUCCCGGUGUAGGAGCGACUCCCGUAGCCGUGUCGACGCAACUACCGGCCGCAGUGGCUCAGCUGAGUCAGCAGGGUCACAUACCCGGAAGGCCUCAGGGAGGUCGCCACGGGAUGGUCUUUGGUCAGAUUAGCGUACCACCUGUGGUAGGAAACCCCUCUGUACCUCUGGUGCCAGGCGGCACCCCCAUUAUUCCGGAUCCAAUUGGAAUCGGAGCCACGCCCACCAUUGAGAAGCGGAAGCAAAUCUCAGCAACUUCCGUCACAGCGACGAGUUCAUCGUCUUUAGGAAUCUCUGCAUCGAUCAGUGGAGCGGUGCAAGUUGCAAGUGGUGGUUCGACAUCCGGAAGUGGAAACAGUGGGAACUCCAAUGCACAGCAUAAUGGAACUUCCUCGAACACUACAACCGGUGGCAAUGGUCAGGAACAUUACACAAACAAAGCCAAGCAAGAGGUAUACGUGAUGCAGCGAAUACAGGAGCUUCAAAAGGAGGGCCUAUGGAGUGAAAGGCGGUUACCCAAAUUACAGGAACCUCAACGGCCUAAGGCGCAUUGGGAUUACCUGUUGGAGGAAAUGGUUUGGUUGGCUGCCGACUUUGCUCAGGAAAGAAAAUGGAAGAAAGCAGCGGCGAAAAAAUGUGCUCGCAUGGUCCAGAAGCAUUUCCUCGACAAAGCAAUGGCAGCCCAACGCGCCGAGAAAGCCCAAGAGCAACAGCUGAGGCGAAUAGCCGGUUUUGUUGCGAAAGAGAUCAAGAUCUUCUGGGGUAAUGUUGAGAAACUGGUCGAAUAUAAACAGCAAACCAAACUGGAUGAAAAGCGAAAGAAGGCUCUAGAUCAACAACUAAGCUUCAUCGUUGACCAGACCGAAAAAUACUCCCAACAAUUGGUGGAAGGUAUGAACAAACCCAAAGCGAUUCAAGAUCAAAAUACAAGUAAGGCCAAUAGCUUAAACUCCAGUCGAGUGCCUUCGCCUCAGCCGAAAAAUGCUUCCGACGACGAGUUCCGUCCGGAUAGCGAGAUCUCCGAUGACGACGAGGAAACAAUUGCUAAGGCGGAAGCGGAAGCCACCGGAACUAACGAAGAAGUGUUGGCACUGCAAAAGGAAUCUGAGAUGGAUCUUGAUGAUUUCCUGAAGAACUUACCCAAGGAUUACCUGGAAAACAGGGAUAAGAUCGUAUUGUCUGAACCGGAGGAUAGUGAAAAAGAGAGCGAGGACAAUGACAAAGAUUUCUCCGCCGCAGAAAAUAGUACUGAUGAUGAGGAUACUAUUAUGGAGCAAGAGAAACAGGAAAAGAAGCAGGACCAUAAGAAAGAAAUAGAUGAACUGAAUGCGGAAAACGAAAUGAGCAUAGAGGAGUUGAUGGCAAAGUACAAUCGACCACCUCCACCGGGCCGCCGUUUGGAGGAAAAAAUGGAUGUCGACUCCGACGAUGAGCAAAGCGAAUCAGAAGCGGAAUCUGACUCCUCUGAAGAACAAGUUUCCUCAUCGGAUGAAGAUAUGGACGGCGAUCAGGGAGACAAAGACGAAGAAGACAUUGGUCUGAAAAACUUAUUGGACGAUGAAAUGGCGAGUAAAAGUCAAAGUGAAAAAGAUGAAAUUUUAAACGAUGCUGCCGCCAUUGCCGAAAGUAUUCAACCGAAAGGAAAUACUCUCUCGUCAACUAGUGUUGUAACGCCAAUUCCGUUUCUGUUGAAGCACACCCUUCGAGAGUAUCAGCACAUCGGUUUGGAUUGGUUGGUAACGAUGCAUGAUCGAAAGCUCAAUGGAAUUUUGGCGGACGAAAUGGGUCUGGGUAAAACCAUACAAACUAUUUCGUUGUUGGCUCAUUUGGCAUGCGUGAAGGGUAAUUGGGGACCGCACUUGAUUAUUGUACCCUCUUCGGUAAUGCUGAACUGGGAAAUGGAAUUCAAGAAGUGGUGCCCUGGAUUCAAGAUACUUACGUAUUAUGGUUCUCAAAAAGAACGCAAAUUGAAGAGAACGGGUUGGACCAAAGUAAAUGCAUUUCAUGUGUGUAUAACAUCGUACAAGCUGGUCAUUCAAGAUCACCAGAGCUUCCGACGAAAAAAAUGGAAAUAUCUCAUCCUGGACGAGGCGCAAAACAUCAAAAACUUCAAGUCACAACGGUGGCAGCUGCUAUUGAACUUUCAAACGGAACAACGUCUCCUCCUGACGGGAACGCCUCUUCAGAACAAUCUGAUGGAGCUCUGGUCGCUGAUGCACUUCCUAAUGCCGCAUGUAUUCCAAUCUCAUCGAGAGUUUAAGGAGUGGUUCUCGAAUCCGAUGACGGGGAUGAUUGAAGGCAACUCGGAGUACAACGAAAACAUAAUCAAACGCCUUCAUAAGGUUUUACGCCCAUUCUUGCUGCGCCGGUUGAAGUCAGAAGUUGAGAAACAAAUGCCAAAGAAAUACGAGCAUGUCGUUAUGUGCAGGUUAUCGAAAAGGCAGCGGUUUCUGUACGACGACUUUAUGAGUCGAGCAAAAACGAAGGAAACCCUGGCUUCAGGAAACCUGUUGAGCGUAAUCAAUGUGCUGAUGCAGCUCCGGAAAGUAUGCAAUCACCCUAACAUGUUCGAGGAACGCCCGACAAUUUCGCCAUUCCGAAUGGAGGGAAUUAACUUCCGGACAGCUUCCCUGGUGUACAACAUGUUGAAUUAUGAUCCCUUUACGCAAAUUGAUCUGUCUUCCCUGAACCUUGUGUUGGUCAAGUUGGAGCUAGUAUUGUCUGCAUAUGUGGCGUACCGUUCCCAACGGUUAUGCAUGCCGAAGCGUCUGAUUGAGGAGAUAGAUUCUACGCCUGAGCCGCCACCACGCUGUCCUACAGGCAGACUCCGAUUGCACGUGAGGGUGCCAAAUUUGCGCGUUCAAGAAACGAUCAGCAACAGCACUGGGGUCCGAGUUGGAACCAGUCCAGCCAUGAAGACUGAAGGAACGCGCUAUGUUCCGCUUGUAAAUUCUUCACUAGUAGAUAGGAAACCUUUGAUCGAAGAGAUCAGUUCGCAACCAGCCACAAAUGCAGGAGCGAUCGCACUCGACGAUCCCCAAGCGUCGAAUGUAAAUCUACGUAAACGAUGUGAUAUGAUUAGUGGUAUCAGUAGUAGUGUUAGUAAUAUAAGUACUCAUAGUAAUAGAUUCAGUGCUGGGCACGUAGCGCAAAUUGUGCAGACUUCCGCUGGAAGGCAGUUAAUUUUAACGCCAAGCAGUAGUACCUCAUCUACGCUUAUGACACCGAGUGGACAACGUCUAACUGUGGUCAAUAGGAUAAGUACUCCCCCGUCGUCUACAAUGAAUGUUAUCAGCAGCAUAACUACUCAACCUUCGACAACCAACAACCAAAAUGUUCCUUCAGCUUCAAGCCCUAUUUCGUCGUCACUUGCCACUUCAAUAGUUCAACAGUUAAAACAUCAUUCCUAUUCAUGUGCUGCCACCAAUUUGACUCCAGAAGAGCUAGAACAAAAAAUUCGUACCGAGUUUUACCUGGCAAGCGUGGAAGAGUCGCGAAAAGAGCGAAGAAGUCAGAUUCUUGAACUUCUGGGCAGAAUGAACCAAAAACGAUGCGAUUCCUUUCCAAUCUAUGGCAGUGACCUGCGUGAAUCUGUUUCAAAGAUAUUCGAUGAAGGCUUUCUGGACGUUGACAUGGUUCCAAUGAUCUCGAUAGGACCGCGAUACUGUCAACAAGCAUGGCGAAAUGUUGACUGGAGUUUAACGAAUGCCAUCAAAUCCAUCGAGCAGCGAACGGAAGAAUUCCGAUCGGUGUUGAAUAAUUUUGUGAUUUACGUACCUGCUGUUUGUGCCCCGGCGCCAAGUAUCCACGUCUCUCAUCCGCAUCCUUCUCGAAUGAACGAAGAACAAGACAGGGACGAUGCCAUCCGGGACGGAUUGAAACCAGCUUUGAGGAUAUUGCACCCAAUCAUAUCAGCGAUGAGUACGCAGUUUCCAGAUCCUCGGCUUAUUCAAUAUGACUGUGGGAAGUUACAAACGUUGGAUCGCCUGUUGAAACAGCUCAAGUCUGGUGGCCAUAGAGUGUUGAUUUUUACCCAAAUGACCCGCAUGCUGGAUGUGCUGGAAGCUUUCCUCAACUAUCAUGGUCACAUAUACUUACGGUUGGACGGUACAACAAAAGUCGAACAACGGCAACUUCUGAUGGAACGGUUCAAUGGCGACAAGCGAGUGUUCGUGUUCAUUCUUUCCACGCGAUCUGGUGGCGUUGGUAUCAAUCUCACUGGUGCGGAUACUGUGAUAUUCUAUGAUUCCGAUUGGAAUCCGACCAUGGAUGCUCAGGCCCAGGAUCGAUGCCAUCGGAUAGGUCAAACCAGAGACGUCCACAUCUACAGGCUGGUUAGUGAAAAAACCAUCGAAGAAAACAUUCUCAAGAAGGCCAACCAAAAAAGGAUGCUCGGGGAUCUUGCCAUCGAGGGUGGCAAUUUCACAACGGCAUAUUUCAAGAGCUCAACCAUUCAAGACCUUUUUACGGUCGAUACCGUGGAAGAAGAUGCUUCUACACGAUUGGCAGAGGUUAUUGAUCGAGAUCGGGAACGUAAAGAACGCCUUCAGCAGAGUAUGGCUGCUGGAACGAGUUCUACCGGAGCUGUUGCACCGAGCACAAGUAGUGGCACUCCUGAGGAAUCCGCCAAAUCGGCUAUCAAUGUUUUCGAAUCAGCUCUAGCAGCUGCGGAAGAUGAUCAGGAUGUGCAGGCUGCCAAGUUUGCCAAGGCUGAGGCGUCGGCGGAUCUGGAGGAGUUCGACGAAAACAUUCCGAUCGAUCAAGAACCCAAAGAAAAGGAACCUGAAAUGAGCAAGGCCGAAAAGGAGGUGCAAAAUCUUAUCAAGCAGCUAAGCCCAAUCGAACGCUAUGCGAUGCGCUUCGUUGAAGACACAGAAGGAACAUGGACAGCGAUACAACUAAAGGCCGUUGAAGCUGAAAUCGAGCAACAGAAGCGAGAUUGGGAAGCGAAUCGGUUAGCCCAGCUGAAGCGCGAAGAGGAGGCCGCAAGACAAUUGGAGGCAGAGGAGAACGAUCUUCUUACGUUCUCGCGGGAGGAUGCAAGCAAUCAGAUUUGGAUAUCGGAUAACACAAUGGAGAAAAUGCCGAUGUGGUGCCCACCAACACCACCGCAAGAUGACAAUGACAUUUACGUGGAUCAUGCCCUUGGAUUCCUCUACGAAACGGAAAUUAUUCCUGAAUCUCAACUGCCCCCCGUCUAUGUGAAAAAAGAAUACAAACGUAGUCGAUCUGAAGCUGGGUUCUACUCGGAUGGUCGUCGACCGAUCAAGAUCCGAAAAGAGGAUACAUAUUAUGCGCCACGCUCGCUUUUCGAUCGUCCUUCGCCGCAAAUAGCGAAACUACGCAAAGAUUACAAACUACAGAGAUAUAAGGGCAUUAUUAAACCUUUCCCUAUGGUGGGUUUGAAGCAAACGCCGGUCAUAAAACAACAAAUAGAACCGGAGGGCAUGCCGGAAUGGAUGAUCCAUGAAGAUAUGGCCAUGUUGAACGUGAUCCAGAAUCUUCAAGGACUACCACUAAAUUUGAUGCUUGUUUCACCCGGCCACACUCCAAAUUGGGAUCUGGUCGCAGACAUUGUUAAUCAAAGCUCACGAACGUAUAGGCUUCCAAAACAGUGUCGCUACCGAUACGAAGCUGUAAUCAUCCCUCGUGAAGAAGGGAAACUGCUUGAAAGCCCGAAGAAACAAAAGAAGAACAAGAACCCAUUGAAACAGCCGCCUUCGAAGGGAAUUAGAGCAAUGCGAACUUCCCAGCUAUUUACUGGAGAUGGAAACAGUUCUUUUAUUAAGCUGGCAAGGUUGAAGUUCGAUAACAUCAAGCUGGCGUUCAGUAAGAAAGCUCCGCAUGCAAAACAGGUUACGGCUAAUCCGCAAAUGAAAAAUCCGAAACAUGCAGCAGUAUUAGCAGAAUACGGUAUUACCAAUUACGAUGCCCCACUGACGCCAGUGGAAAUUGCGACACGUCGUGCAGAACGAAUAUCGAAGGAAAAGCAGAAGAGUGCCGUAAUGAUGCAGGGUCAAGAACAGCAACAGCAACAACAACUAGCUCAACAACAGCAGCAGCAGCAGGUUCAGCAGCAACAGCAAAAUCAGGUUCAAGCUGUUCAGCAAGUGCAGCAAGUGGUUCAGCCACAGACCCACGUCAUUCAACAGCAAGUUCCGCAGCAGAUUCAAAUCCAAUCACAUGCUCAGCAGCAUAUAGCAACGGCAGCGGCUGGUGGUCAAGUUCAGCAAACCACAAUUGUCGUUUGCGGCGUUGGAACCAACACAGCACCAGCCGUGGCAACUCUAGUGCAGGCUCCUUCUAUCCAGGCUGGUCGAUCGCAACCUGUAGUGAACAUUUGCCCGAGUCCAAGCCAGCAACAAAUUGUUAAAGCGAUAGUGGCUAGUCCUUCGAAUCAGAACAUUAUAACACAACAGUUAGCAGUAGCGCAGAACAAUCCACAGCAACAGGUGUCAGUUGUUCUUACUACCCCGGUGACGACUAUGUCGGCUAAUCAAGUUCAACUUUCGCAGCCACAGAUUGUGUCGAUUCAUCAAUCUACGCCCCAGAUCAUUCAGAGUAGUCCUGCUGUAACGCAAGCUACAAAUUCCAUUGUACAAACGUUGGCAACUCAAUCUCUACCCCAAGUGGUAUCUGUCGCUCAGUUGGCCACAGUCGGAACGGUUAUGACAACCGGAAGUGCUUUACAACAAUCGCAGGUCGCUACCUUAACGACAUCUGCUUUGAGGGCACAAAGAAUAGUUGCCCCUCCUGGAACACUACAAGAAGUGGUUCUCCAUCAACGAUCAGGAUCACAAAGUCCCACUGUCGUCAGCGUCAGUGGAUUAGGCCAAGGUCUAACGCAAGCCCAGUUGCAGACAGCACAACUUCGUCUAUCGAUGGCUGGAGGUCAGCAGGUUUCCGGCGUAGUUGCAAAGGGAAUAUCGGUUGGAACAGUUACAAGCGCUGGAAAACCCAUCAACACAUCCCAAAUACAAUUUUACCGACAACAACCAAUCCGACAGCAGCUAAAGGUUCUGCAUCCAAAUGCAGCUCAAGGAGGAACAACGGUUCUUCAACAAGCAACAGGUCAACCAACUUUGGUAAGCCCUGCCAUCAUCCAAGGAAAUAUAAUCCAAACGGGGGCUGUAGGUCAGGCGGUUCAAGUGCAAUCCGCUGGGCAGAAAGUUUCAGUUGCCACAGUUACUAGUUCUGCAGCAGCAGGCACUACAACGCAAGCCGGAACUAUAGCCACAGUUCAGGUUGCACCUGGUCAACAGAGAACUCAGUUCAUAAAACAGGUUGGUACAAAACAAAUGAUCACCCGACCAGUCACUGAAAGCGAGAUGCAAAUGAUGAUGAAACGGCAAAUCAUCAGCCAACAACAUAAACAGCAACUCAUGCCCCAGACACAGAUUUUUGCUCCUGCCAAUCUGCAAGUUCAACAGGCAGGAACAUCUGGUCAACAAAUUGCCACACUUGUAAAAACUUCUUCGGGAACGGUAGCAGCUACGGGAAUGACAUUGUCCCAAGUGAAACCGGGUCAACUGAAAACCAUAAGCAAUCAAAGCCAGGUUCGACAGCUUCAACUGCAGCAGCAAAUUAUUGCUGCCCAGCGUAAGAGCGGAAAAAUGACCCAAAUCACUCAAGUUGCGGGCAAAGCCGGUCAACCAACGCAACUGUUCGUACAAGGCCCGAAAAAUCUUCCUGCCGGAACUGUAACUGUGCAGCAGAUACAGCAAGUCAUCCGCCAUGCACAGCCGGCUUCCAUUGCAUCGGGUGGACAAAUCGUCCUGGGGAAAACUAGUGUCGGCAGAGUCAUUCCCGUGUCCGUAUCGCAACAGGCCAAUCAAAGACAAACAAUUCAGGUUGUCACUGCGACGUCAGCUGCCCAAGCCAUAGCGGCUGGUAACAUUCGGGCACAUGUUCCCACUCAAAACAUCGGCACCAUCAAGGUAGCAGCCGGUGCCACUCCAGCUCAACAGCAACAGGCCAUUCUAACAGCGUUGCAAAAUCAACAACGCCAAAAUGCAAGUCCGGUGCGAUUGCAAACGUCCAGCGGAUCAUUGGUUGCUGUAACGGUACAGCAACCUCAAGCCGUGGCAUCCGCCACUAGUGCAGCAGAAUUGCAACAACAAACUCAACAGGUUGUUAGCGCAGCUCAGUCCCAGCAGCAACAGACCCAAACAGCCACACAAGUGCUGCAAAUACAAGCACAACCGCAGCAGAUUAUUUCCACUGCAACUGCAGCUGGUGACGGAACGAAUGCAACUGUUGUGCAAACGCAACAAGCAACACAACAAGUGCAAGUGCAACAAACGCAAUCUUCAGUCACAGCGCAGCAGCAGGUGAGUAUGAUCAAGAAAAAGCAUUCUCCUAGUGGGAAAUAGAGGAAAGUGAAGUUUGUUCGAUUUCUGUGUGAUUAAAAUUGCGUGGUUGUUGUAUUGAGGAACUUUUAAAUUGAAGCUAUUCGAUUGGUUAAGUGCAAUGUUUGAGAGAUACACAAAAAUUGAAUUAUUAAAUGAAAUUUCUAAAUUUUCAACAAUUUAGUUCCUCAACACCAGGUUGAACUAGCAAAUAUUUCUCAAUGGUUUUGUCUGUGACAAUUGUGAUGUGACAUUGUGUAAUUUUUUCCGUUAUUUCUGCGAUAAAUCUAAUAUGUUUUCCUGAUUUGGUAUUUUCUUUCUAGCCUAAGUAAAACGUCUCAUAGUCAAUGACGGAUUACCUACUCUAACCAACGGUUGCACUUUACUUUUUUUUAAAUGCUAACCUUCACUGAAGGACUUCGGUUGUAAGUCAUAGCUAAUUUAUCAUGUUUCAAUACAAUCUACUAAAAUAAAGAAAAAUGAAAUAGUACGACAAUAGAUUUGGCUUCUUACAAAAAAAAUACAUUUCUCACACAAUAAUCAUUCUACAUUCAAUCCAUGUCGUAGCAUGAGACAUCAACAAAAAUCACCAAAAAAUAUGAAAUAAUCAUAAUCCCACAACCCAUUUCAAGGACUUGUGACAUGAACUAGACGAUCGUCCAUGCAUCGUAUAAAAACAUUCAGCAUUAGACUGAGUGAUACAGAACUUUCGAAAUAGAUCACUAAUAGACUGUUAUAAUUGCAAGCAAUUAUUCACUGCGAAAAUAUGAAUCGUUUAAUUAAUAUUGUUUCUUUUUGUGGAACUUUUAUGUAUGGAUGCUAGAAUAAGAUAAACUUAAGUCAGAUGUAAACUUCAGAGGUCUCAACGGUGAGUUCUAUGAUCUUUUAAAUGUUUCAUUAAGCUAUUUAAACGAAUCUGAAUCAUAUUAUUUAAAAGUAUUAUUAAAUGCUAAUCAUUACCAAUAGAAAUUAAAAUUAUUCAAUCGAAA